AUGAAUUCAACCCACUUCUUGUUUGACUUGCAACUGAAUGGCUCAGGAGACCUGAACAAGAGCAGUAUCCUUAACAGGAGCAAUCCUGGAUUCUGCGAGCAGGUCCCGAUUAAGUCAGAAGUCUUUUUGACUCUGGGCAUCAUCAGUCUCCUGGAAAACAUCUUGGUCAUCCUCGCAAUACUCAAGAACAAAAAUCUCCAUUCUCCCAUGUACUUUUUCCUCUGCAGUUUAGCAGUGGCUGACAUGCUGGUAAGUGUAUCCAAUGCCUUGGAGACAAUUGUGAUGGCUUUGUUGAACAACGGCUACUUAGUAGCUAACGAUCAAUUCAUCCAAAUAAUGGACAAUGUUAUUGACUCAUUGAUCUGCAUUUCCCUUGUGGCCUCCAUUUGCAACCUGUUGGUUAUUGCCAUUGACCGGUACAUCACCAUCUUCUACGCUUUGCGCUACCACAGCAUCAUGACAGUCAAACGGGCUUUACUUUUAAUCAUAGUCAUCUGGAUUGCAUGCAUUUUCUGUGGCAUCAUCUUCAUUAUCUACUCGAACAGCAAGACGGUCAUAAUCUGCCUCAUCACUAUGUUCUUUACCAUGCUUGUCCUUAUGACUACCCUGUACGUCCACAUGUUCAUGCUUGCUCGCCUCCACAUCAAAAAGAUCGCUGCACUCCCAGUUGAUGGCAUUGUCCGCCCGAGAACCUGCAUGAAAGGGGCCAUCACCAUCACCAUCCUACUUGGGAUCUUUAUCAUCUGUUGGGCUCCCUUUUUUCUUCACCUUAUCCUCAUCAUAUCCUGCCCAAAGAACGCAUAUUGUAUUUGCUACACAUCGCAUUUUAACACUUACUUGAUCCUCAUCAUGUGCAAUUCGGUCAUCGACCCAAUGAUUUAUGCCUUUCGUAGUCAAGAGAUGCGCAAGACUUUCAAGGAGAUAGCUUGCUGCUACGGUAUGAAUCUAAACUCGCGUUGCAAUGACUGCUCACUGAAUGGUCAGGAAUACCAGCAGAUCUGCAGUAUCUCACAUGAGAAAUUAUGGUGCAGAAUUUACUACAAUAUGUCUAAGCUGUCAAAGGCUUGCUUCACUUAG